UCCAAGUUCACUGCCUUCUUUUCCUCCAGGGCUUUCUCCCUGCUUUCUCAGUGUCUCCAGGCUGAGAUCAACAGAUAGGAUGCUGUGCCUCAGCUCCCUGUCCACACUCCUCCUCCUGCUUCUGUUCUACCCUCCUCUACUGUCUGCACAGGACGUCCUCGUACGUCUGGCAGGCGUGGGCCGGCGUGGAGCAAACGAGGGACGUGUGGAGGUGUUCUACAACGGAGCAUGGGGCACAGUGUGUGAUGAUGAGGUGGAUCUGAACCUGGCUACUGUGGUAUGCCGACAGCUGGGUUUUCAGCGUGGUUUGACGUGGGCACACAGUGCAAAGUUUGGUGAAGGACAAGGUCUGAUCUGGUUGGACAAUGUGCACUGUAGAGGCACUGAGCUCUCUAUAGCAGAGUGUCGCUCCAAUGGCUGGGGAGUCAAUGACUGCACCCAUGCUGAGGACCUGGGGGUCAUCUGCAGCCGAGAAAGGAGACCUGACUUCCCAUCAGUGAAUGAGCCCACGUCAUCCAACCAGCCAAGACAGGGAAACCCACCACCAGCACAGUCCGUGCCCCCCCAAGGCCCACCUGCAUACCCAGGCCCUGUCUCCUCUUACAUUUCAAGAGGACAUGAGAUCGCCCUUCGUCGCAGCCAGCCUUCUUCUCGCCGCAGCAGCAUCUCACCACAGGAAAAUGGCCAUGAGAUCCAGAUCUUGCGAAGGAAUCGAGGCGGUUCUAGAUCAGGCCAGCAGACCAACCCAGCUGUGCCUCAAGGCCACCAGCUGCCCUCUCGUCUGAUCAACGGCGCAGCCUACAGGCAAAGACAGGAGACAUCCAGGACCAGUCCACAAGCCGUGAGACGGGAGGCAGAGGCACAGGUGAACAGGCAAUCUCAGCCACCGCCACACUCCCACCUCCAGUCUGAACGGCGGAGUGAAAGACAGCAGCAGCUCAGUGGGAAUAAUGUUGAGCCAGAGCCUGUUUAUCCAGACAUGGGACUGGAGACUGAUGCUCAAUACACACAGGGAUCUGAGAGGGUUCACUUAGAGGAGGCUCGACUACGACCUGUGCUCACCGGCAACCAUGGCGGUCUGGUGACGGAGGGAGUGCUGGAAGUGAAGCAUGCUGGGAAGUGGCGUCAUGUGUGUACUCAUGGAUGGGACCUCAGCAGCAGCCGUGUCGUCUGUGGCAUGUUAGGAUUCCCAUCAGCAGAGGCGUUUGACCAACAGGCCUACAGGAAACUCUGGGACUCAAAGCUCACUGAUCCAUCCUCCAGGCUGAGGACACAGAUCAGUAAGAAGGCCUACUGGGUGGAGAAGGUGCAGUGUCAGGGUGUGGAGGCCUCUCUGUCUCAGUGCCAGGCUCAGCUGUCCCUCCCCAGGAGUGACACCCCAUGCCAUGGGGGCAUGCACGCUGUGGUCCGCUGUGUCCCUGGACCCCAGUUCGCACGCUACGGCAGAGCACCCGCCCCCCCUGCUGUGCCGCCAGUGGUGCGUCUGAAGGCAGGGCCCCGUCUUGGGGAGGGCCGUGUGGAGGUCCUGAAGGAGGGCAAGUGGGGAACCGUGUGUGACCACCUGUGGGACGUCACUGCUGCCAGCGUGGUCUGCAGAGAGCUGGGCUUCGGGACAGCCAAAGAGGCCCUGAACAAGGCUCAGCUGGGCCAGGGUACUGGUCCCAUCCAUAUGAACAGUGUCCAGUGUACAGGCAGGGAGAGGUCGAUUACAGAGUGUCACUACAGACCUGUACCGCUCUACAGCUGCAAACACAACCAGGAUGUUGCCGUCCGUUGUAAUGUCCCCAACACCGGGAUGCAGGCCACGGUGCGUCUGGCCGGAGGCAGAGAGCCAGCAGAGGGCCGGGUGGAGGUGCUGAUGGAGGUGGGAGGAGUGAAGCGCUGGGGCUCAGUGUGCAGCGAGAACUGGGGCAUCAAUGAGGCCAUGGUUGUCUGUCGACAGCUGGGUUUAGGCUUCGCUUCAAGAGCUCAUCAGGAGACCUGGUUCUGGCCUGGAUCUUCAGAUGCUGGGGAGGUGAUUCUAAGUGGAACUCAUUGCACCGGCACAGAGAUGUCGAUCCAGCAGUGUCGCAGGAACACACAUGUUUACUGUCCCCGAGGUGGAGACGGCAGAUCCGCAGGAGUCACCUGUGUAGAGACUGCCCCUGAUCUUGUACUGGAUGCACAGCUGGUCCAAGAGACAGCCUACCUGGAGGACCGACCGCUCCACCUACUGACCUGUGCCAACGAGGAGAACUGCCUGUCCUCUUCUGCCGCCAGGAUGAACUGGCCCUACGGACACCGGCGACUGCUGCGAUUCUCCUCUCGGAUCAUGAAUAUGGGCCGUGCAGACUUCAGACCACGGGCCACUAGAGAAAACUGGGUUUGGCACCAGUGUCACAGACACUACCACAGCAUUGAAGUGUUCACCCACUAUGAUCUCCUGACUCUCAAUGGGACCAAAGUGGCUGAAGGUCACAAAGCUAGCUUCUGCCUGGAGGACACCUACUGCCCUGAUGGUAUCCAUAAGCGCUAUGCCUGCUAUAACAUGGGACAGCAGGGCAUCUCUGUGGGCUGCUGGGACACCUACCGCCACGACAUUGACUGCCAGUGGGUCGACAUCACAGAUGUGCGACCUGGGGAAUACAUCUUCCAGGUGGAGGUCAACCCCUCCUUGGACAUGGCUGAGUCUGACUUUCAGAACAAUGUGAUGCGCUGCAGAUGCAAAUACGAUGGAGCACGAGUUUACAUGUUCGGAUGCCAUGCAGGUGAUGCUUACAGCGCUGAGGUGGAGGACUUGUUUGAUCACCAACGUCAGAUUUCCAACAACUUCCUGUGAAUUAAGGAACACCCAGAUAUAUAAGGACAGACCAACUGCACAACUCCUCAUCACACCUCAACAUGUCAGGGAAAGGCAGUUGAAUGACAAGGAAAACAUGCCAGAAAAUCAGAAGAUGAGUGUCAGAUGAGUGUGGGAUUCAGGGAUGAUUUUGGGAGGGAGCGAGGGAAAAUUGGGAUCCUGUGACCGACGGUCAUCAGCAGAGACUGUUCCUGCUCAAAAGUCAAGGAGCGUGUGAAUGUGGAAAGAAGAAAAGACAGAAAAAAUAAACAAAAAGACAAAAGCAGGCCAUCACAAGCAUAACAUCACCACGAUAAAACAUAGAGUAGUUCAUGAUUUUAAAAUUCUUGCAAAUUUAUUCCCUUGAUCAGAGCAUAACCACAGUAAAUACAGUAAUGGCAUGGAGGCUCGUGAGAACAGUGACACAUUUACUAUUACAUCCUCAGGCUGUUGUCCAUAUAAUGUCAACUCAGUACAAGACUGAUAAGAAAAAAAACCCUGUUCAUGUGUCCUGUGCUUUCAUUGUUCACUUACAAAAUGCAACAUUUACUGUUCCAGCUGUGUGGCUUUUGGUUUGAUUAUUUUUAUUUUUUAUUUCAUGGUGCUAUUUUGCCUUAUUUGAAUAAAUAUUGUAAUGUAAUGCAAAUGUAUUGUCAUGUACAGUUUUAUAUUACCUCUCUGGAAUAUUGUUCGUUAGGUCUCUAAUUUAUGCAGAAUUUAAUGUACUUUUGAACUGAUACUUGUCCCUGUGUGGCUGUGUUUUGUAUUGUUAAUUUUAUUCUGAUAAAUAUUUUUGCUUGUUUGUUCCUCACCUGUUAACAUCAGAUGAGAGCUGGUUGUACCAAGGUAUUACACCUUUAACAGCACUUGAUAAUGAUAGUGAAAGAAUAAACAUCAGCUUGACAAAC